UCCCUCUCUCUCUCUCUCCUCCGCCGCCGCCCCCGCGGGAACGGAGACGACGACGACGACCUCGACGGAGCCCUGAGGCCCUUCCUCGCCCUCGGCGGCCCCGACGACCUCGACGCGUUCCUCACCGACCUCCUUGGCGUGAUCGAGGGGCUCGAGUUCCACAAGCGCACGGACACCGCCCUCGCCGUGUUCGCGUGGGCGCGCCGCGCCCACGGAGACGCGCGCCUCUUCUCCGGCGGCGGCGGCCCCGUCGUCCCCGCCGUCAUCAGCAUCCUCGGCAAGCGCGGCCGCCUCUCCGACGCCGCCGCGUUGCUCGCGACCCUCAGGGAGCAGGGGUGCCAUCCGGACGUGUACACCUACACCUCGGUCAUCACUGCCUACGCACAAAACGGUCGGUAUCGCGACGCGUUGAAGGUGUUCGAUAAAAUGACCGAAGAGGAAGAAGGAUGUAGACCAACCCUUAUAACCUACAAUGUGGUUCUCAAUGUAUAUGGGAAGCUCUUUAUGCCGUGGAAGAAGGUGAUGAGCCUUUUAGAAUCCAUGAAGCGGGACGGGAUUUUUCCUGAUAGGUACACAUAUAACACUCUAAUUAGCUGCUGCCGACGCGGUUCUUUGUAUGAAGAGGCUACCCAGAUUUUUGAAGAGAUGAAAUCGAUGGGUUUUGCGCCUGAUAAGGUUACCUUCAAUUCGCUGCUCGAUGUGUACGGGAAGUCUCGGAGGCAUAAGGAAGCAUUGGGUGUUCUUCGCGAGAUGGAAGCGAAUGGGUUCCCUCCGAGUAUAGUGACUUAUAAUUCUUUGAUCUCUUCGUAUGCUAAAGAUGGGAUUUUGGAAGAGGCCAUGGAGUUAAAAGAGCAGAUGGAGAAGAAGGGGAUAAAGCCCGAUGUUUUCACCUACACCACCUUGCUUUCUGGGUUUGAGAAAGCUGGUAAGGAUAAGUCCGCAGAGAAGGUUUUUGAUGAAAUGCUGAGCAAAGGGUGCAGCCCAAAUCUAUGUACCUAUAAUGCUUUGAUCAAAAUGCAUGGAAAUCGAGGCAAGUUUGAAAAUAUGAUGACCAUUUUUGAGGAGCUCAGGUCAAGCGGUUUUGUGCCCGAUGUUGUAACUUGGAACACGUUGUUAGCCGUAUUUGGCCAAAAUGGGAUGGAUUCUGAAGUUUCUGGGGUGUUCAAGGAGAUGAAGAGGGCAGGUUUUGUGCCUGAGAGGGAUACAUAUAAUACUCUAAUUAGUGCUUAUAGCCGAUGUGGGUCUUUCGACCAAGCUAUGGAAAUAUACAAGAGAAUGCUUGCAGCGGGAAUCGGUCCUGAUCUUUCUACUUACAAUGCUGUUUUAGCUGCAUUGGCUCGUGGGGGGCUUUGGCAACAAGCCGAAAAGGUAGUCUCAGAGAUGAAGGAGUGCAACUGUAAGCCUAGUGAGCUCACGUACUCCUCUUUGCUUCAUGCCUAUGCUAAUGGGAAGGAAUUAGAAAGAAUGCACAAUUUAUCCGAAGAGAUAUAUUCGGGGAAAGUUGAAGCACAUAACAUGUUGAUAAAAACCCUAGUUCUAGUCAACAGCAAAAGCGAUCUUUUGGUGGAGACCGAGCGGGCAUUUUCGGAACUGAGGAAGAGAGUUUGCUCCCCUGAUAUAACAACCUUGAAUGCAAUGAUUUCUGUUUAUGGAAGGAGACAAAUGGUCGGCAAGGUCGAAGAGAUACUCUUGUUCAUGAAGGAAACUGGAUUUACUCCCAGCUUGACCACUUACAACAGCUUGAUCAAUAUGUAUAGCCGGAUGGGAGACUUUGAGAGGUGUGAGAAGAUACUUAGGGAGAUUAAGUCGAGAGGUGGGCGGCCCGAUCUUUAUUCUUAUAACACCGUGAUUUAUGCCUAUGGCAAGCAAGGCAGGAUGAAGGAUGCUUCGAGGAUUUUCUCGGAAUUGCAGGCUUCAGGGCUCAAGCCUGAUAUUGUGACCUAUAAUACAUUUGUUGCUAGUUAUGUAGCUAAUGCGAUGUUUGUGGAAGCUAUUGAUCUAGUCCGCUACAUGGUCAAGCAUGGCUGCCGACCUAAUGCAAACACUUACAAUUCGAUCGUAGAUGGGUAUUGUAAGCACGGAAGGAAGGAAGAAGCGACAGCUUUCAUUUCUAAUCUUCCUAAGCUCAAUCCUGGAAUAUCCAAGGAUGAACAAAUUAGGUUAUUGGAACGGCUGGGGAAAAUCGGCUCCUGAGUUUAAAUUACAAGAAUGAAUUCCAUACUUUCUGAGGAAGUGAGUUCAUUCGCACAUUAAAUUCGUCAGCUUAGCAUUUGAUUUCUACAAGCUAAAGAAUGCAAAUUAUAUAAACUACUUGGCGAAGCCGCUCUUGUUUGUGGGAGUGUUGUUUGAGGAUCUGCCCUCCAAAGAUGUGUAUGCAUAGAUUCCUCAGUCCAAAUAAGCUCUGUUACAUUGGCCUGUAUUCAUCAUUUAAUACUGAUACACAUAUAGUUUCCUUGUAAA